ACCCGACCCGAACAUGCUUUCCCUCUGUUGUUAACUUUCCGUAAAUAUCUGUGAUUCUGAAUUCUGAAUCAGAGAGAAUUCUAUACUUACAGAUUUUAUCAGCCCAGAGAUGAAGAUACUUCGCAGGGACUUUGUUUCAAAUGGGGCUGGUAGCGUCAAGAUGGUUCCUGAAGAAGCAGAUGAUUUGUGGUUGGUUUAUAACUUGAUUACUAAAGGCGACUCUGUUUUAGCUAGUACUGUUAGAAAAGUUUUGAGGGAGGCAGCUUCUGGAGGAAGAGAUGCAGAGCGUGUAAAGUUGAAAUUGGAAAUCAAAGUUGAGUCCGUAGAUUAUGACAAAGAAGGAUCUGUAUUGCGUAUACGAGGAAAAAACAUUCUGGAAAAUGAGCAUGUAAAGAUUGGUGCUUUCCAUACUCUUGAGCUUGAGCUACACCGACCUUUUGUGAUAAGAAAGGUGGUUUGGGACACAAUGGCACAGGAUGUACUCCACCAAGCCUCUGAUCCUUCUGUAGGCGCUGAUUUGGCUGUUGUUAUGAUGCAAGAAGGACUGGCACAAAUCUUCCUCAUUGGAAAAAGUGUAACAAUCACCCGUUCUCGGAUAGAAGCUUCUAUUCCUCGGAAACAUGGACCUGCUAUAGCUGGUUACGACAAAGCUUUGAACAAAUUUUUCGAGAAUGUUGCACAGGCUUUCCUGAAGCAUAUUGAUUUCCAGCUUAUCCGCUGUGCUGUGAUUGCAAGUCCAGGAUUCACAAAGGAUCAAUUUCAUCGUCACUUAAUGCUGGAAGCAGAAAGGAAAGAGUUUAGAGCUAUAAUUGAAAACAAGUCGCGCAUAAUUCUUGUUCACACAACCUCAGGAUACAAGCAUAGUUUGAGGGAGGUUUUGGAUGCUCCAAAUGUGAUGAAUAUGAUAAAAGAUACAAAAGCGGCGCAGGAGGUCCGGGCUCUCAAGGACUUUUUCAACAUGCUUUCAAAUGAUCCAACUCGUGCAUGUUAUGGACCGAAACAUGUGGAGGUUGCCCAUGAACGCAUGGCUGUGCAAACACUUCUCGUUACUGAUGAGCUCUUUAGGAGUUCAGAUAUAGCUACAAGGAAAAAAUAUGUCAAUCUGGUCGAUUCUGUAAAGGAUUCAGGGGGUACUGCUCACAUAUUUUCAUCAAUGCAUGUCUCAGGAGAGCAAUUGGCUCAGUUGACUGGGAUUGCAGCUAUCCUUCGAUUUCCUCUGCCAGAUUUGGAAGACAUUGAGAUGUGAAGGCAAAACUGUUGGAGAGUAGGAAGUAGGAACUGAUCUAUAUAGGUCACCAUCAUGUUGUAUAUUACAUUUUCAGUAAUAAUAAUAAUGUUUUAAUACUUACUUUGAAGUUUGAAUCGUCUAUCAAAAGGAAUUCUCAGAUAAGGUGACAGAGAUAAACACAGAGAUGUAAAUACCUGGAUUAAUUUUUGGGAAAUUUGUAAAGAUACCUGGAUUUUCAAAUUUAUUUUUAAAAUACGGAUCAGAAUUGUAUAUAA